AUGGCGCGAGGUCACCUCAGAUCCUGGUUCUGGGGUGUAUAUACGCGUAGCGCUCUCCGUGGAGGUCUACGCGCUACCGGACGACAAGGCGCGAUGAAACUGCGGGCCAUCUUAUUGCUCAGCGCUCUCGGCGCGCUCGCCUCGGCCGAGCAGGUCGUGCUUAACAGCAACAUCAAGGACAAGGAGGACUCGCCGUACACCGUCUUCCCGCCCAUCAAACGCGUCGCCGUCGUCGGCGCUGGGCCGUCGGGGCUGCAAGUCGCUGCUGAGCUCAAAGAGCAUGGGUUCAAUGUUACGAUUUUCGAUCGUGCGCCGGGUCCUGGUGGGAAUUGGAGGUUUACGGAUGAGAUUCCUGUGAGGGAGUCGUACCCCGACGCCCCUCUGGACCUUGCACCAGCUAUCCCCUCCACCCUCCCGCACACCGAAAUAUACACCGACGGCCAAGACGGCCUCACGGUCGACCAGCGCUGGCGCGCACACUGGGUCCCGCGCCCCGUGUGGAAAAACCUGCACACGAACUCGCCAAUCUCCAUCACUGACUUGCCCGGUGUGCCGUACCCCGCUGGCUCGCCGUGGUCGCCUAGUCAGGAUACGGUCACGAAGCAUGUGCGGGGGUACGCGGCGAUACACGGGUUGGCGAGCGACGAUGAUGAGGGGGUGGUGGCGUAUAACACUCGCGUCGAGCGGUUGCGCAAGGACGAAGAGGCCGGGAAAUGGACGUUGACGCUCAAGAAAGUCCGUAAGCUUACCGAGACGAACCGGCUCGAGGCGACGUGGUACGAGCAGGAGUUCGACGCCGUAGUCGUCGCGCUCGGACUCGACGCCGAGCUGCCGCAUGUGCCCGAGAUCGAGGGGAUCGAGGGGUGGAGCAAGGUUAAGGACGAGAAGAGCGCGACGGGGUGGGGGAUCUAUCACUCGAGGGGGUAUAGGCGGCCCGAGCAUUAUGCCAAUAAGACGGUGCUUAUUGUUGGGGCGAGCGUGUCGGGGAGCGAGAUUGCGAGGGAUGUGGCGCCGUUUGUGCGGAAGUUGUAUGUUAGUCGCAAGGACUACGUUUGGGAGAAACUGCACCCGUUCCAGCGCCGCUCGUUCAAGCGCUUGCCGGAGAGCGCUGAGGUUGUACCCGAGAUCAAGUCGUUUGGCCCGUUGGAGGAGGAUGUGCAGGGUAUCCAGUCGGGCAAGAUUACGUUCAUCAAUGGGUCGGUUAUUGAAGGCGUCGACGAGGUCAUCCUUGCUACGGGAUACGCGCGCGUGAACAGGCUUUUGGCUCAAGUCUCGCAAGACAGUACCCGCACGGAACAGCGCCAGCGCCCGAAACGCAACACGCACUGGACAGGCCACUACAUCCCCGACCCCACGCUCGCCUUCACCAACACCCGCCCAUGGACAACACUCCGCUACCAAGCUCUCGGCCUCGCGAAGAUCUGGGAAGGCACGGCCCGUCUGCCGAACGAGGCUGAGCUGUGGAGGCAGUACAAUGAGACGCGGUGGAAUUACUUUUGGUCGUUUUGGGGUACGGAGCGGAGUGAAGCGCUUGUUCGGCAGUGGGUCACCUACCUCAACAACGAGUCCCUCGAGCUUGGCGGACGGCUCGUUGAUACGUUCCCAUCCGAACGCCGCGAAGAGUUCGCGUACUACAUGACGCUCGACGUGCAGGAGUCCUACAUCACGCUCGAGAACUUUACACGGUUCGAGGACGUGCCUGCUUCGGAGUGGGGGAAGGACGAGAAGAGCACGAAUUUGGUGGAUAAGGGACGUGAGCUCGACUAUGAUUUCGGAGAGUACGGGCUCUGGUAG